AUGUCAGCCAAAGCAAUCAGAGAAUACGAUGGAAAACUUAUUCUCGCAUACUGGCUACUGCGUUCACCGUUGCUAGCUCUCCAAGAGUUACCCCAGACUUUUAUCCCCCCCACUAGAGCAGCUCUCAUCUCGUUUGAUACUUCAAUUAUACACGAUGUCAAUAAUAGCAAUCCAGCAUUGGCAUUCAAUUCCCAUGUCACGCGAACGUUGAGUAUUCUGGAGCGGACGCAUCCAUGGUUGUUGACUGAGAAGCUUGUUGUCAAACCCGACCAGUUGAUUAAACGUAGAGGGAAAUCAGGUUUACUGUUAUUAAAUGCUGAUUGGAAGGAAGUUAAACAAUGGGUCAUGGAAAGAGCUGGCAAGACGAUCACGGUAGACAAGGUAUCCGGAGUUCUCAAGACCUUUAUAGUGGAACCAUUUGUGCCUCAUGAUUCUUCAACAGAAUAUUAUAUAAACAUAAAUUCAGUCCGCGAUGGUGACAAUAUCCUCUUCACUCACGAGGGCGGCAUUGAAAUAGGCGAUGUGGAUUCCAAGGCAUUGAAAUUGCUAAUCCCCGUCGAUGCACCAUUUCCUUCUUCUCAAGAAAUUAAGUCGGCCCUGCUUACCAACGUUCCUCCCUCUAAGCAAGAUGUGCUCGUUGAUUUCAUCAGUCGGCUGUAUUCCGUAUAUGUUGAUUUGCAUUUUACAUACCUUGAGAUCAAUCCACUUGUAGUUCUUGAUCCAUGCGAUGACCAACCUCCAAAGGUGUACUACUUGGAUUUGGCUGCCAAGUUGGAUCAGACUGCAGAGUUUGAAGCAGGACCUAAAUGGGCAAUAGCAAGAGCACCUCAGAAUGCUGGUAUUAUCGGUGAAUUUGAUAUAGGAAAUACCAACGUUGAUCAAGGUCCUCCAAUGGAAUUUCCUGCACCGUUUGGAAGAGAGCUGAUUAAAGAGGAGGCAUAUAUACAAGAACUGGAUUCCAAGACUGGAGCAUCGUUAAAAUUAACUGUUCUUAAUAAGGAUGGACGGAUUUGGACUAUGGUUGCUGGAGGUGGGGCUUCAGUUGUGUACAGUGACGCUAUUGCAGCUCUUGGUUUUGCGCAUGAACUAGCUAACUAUGGCGAAUACUCUGGUGCACCAACUGAAAUUCAGACCUACGAAUAUGCUAAAACUAUCCUUGAUCUUAUGACACAUAAUUCCAAGUAUCAUCCUGAUGGUAAAAUACUUAUUAUUGGAGGUGGAAUUGCUAAUUUCACCAACGUAGCAGUCACAUUCAAAGGUCUUAUACGUGCGCUGAAAGAGUAUAAACAACCAUUGAUUGCACAUAGAGUGAAAAUAUUCGUCAGGAGAGGAGGGCCUAAUUAUCAAGAGGGGCUGAGAUUGGUCAGACAAUUGGGAGACGACUUGGGAGUAGAGAUUCAUGUAUAUGGACCCGAGACCCACAUCACGGAGAUUGUUCCAUUGGCAUUACUUAAUCAUGGAUCGGGCUUGAAUACUAGUCAGUUACAAUUAUCUGAAUCAAUUGGAAAUGCCAUUCAAGAUCAAAUGGUUGAUACGACAAACUAUACCCAAACACCAAAACACGACAAGGGGAAAGCAAAUGGAGACGCGAGUCAUCAUGUGGAGGAAGAUUUUACACCUAUUGCCAAUCCCAGAGAACGAAUGACAUAUUUCGAAAUGCCAGACACUCAGCCUAGUCAUCCGUGGUACGCUCCAUUCGCCAAUAAUACCCGUGCAUUCAUUUAUGGUAUGCAGCCAAGAGCAGUGCAGGGAAUGCUUGAUUUUGAUUUUAUGUGCAAAAGAGCCAUGCCGUCUGUUGCUGCCAUGAUAUAUCCAUUUGGUGGUAAUUACAUGCAAAAGUUUUACUGGGGAACUAUGGAGACAUUGCUCAACGUGUUCAAUAGCGUAGAGGCAGCGGUGGCUAAACAUCCUGAAGUUGAUACAGUCGUUAACUUUGCCUCAUCUCGCUCAGUAUACGAGUCUACGUUUGAAUUCUUCAAAUACCCUCAAAUAAAGUCUAUUGCAAUAAUAGCAGAAGGUGUGCCUGAACGUAAAGCGAGACAGAUUCUCCAUGAAGCCAAGAAACGAGGGGUUCUCAUAAUUGGACCGGCCACCGUCGGAGGUAUCAAACCGGGAUGCUUUAAGAUAGGCAAUACUGGUGGAAUGAUGGAUAAUAUCGUGGCCUCCAAGUUGUAUAGACAAGGAUCGGUCGCUUAUGUCUCUAAAUCGGGAGGAAUGUCGAACGAGUUGAAUAAUAUUAUAUCAAGAACCACCAACGGUGUGUAUGAGGGCAUUGCUAUCGGAGGUGAUAGAUACCCAGGAUCCACGUUUAUUGAUCACCUACUACGAUUUGAGAGUGAUCCUAACUGUAAGAUGCUAGUUUUAUUGGGAGAAGUUGGUGGAGUUGAAGAGUACCGAGUAUGUGAAGCAUUACGAGAUGGCAGAAUAACAAAACCAUUAGUUGCAUGGUGUAUUGGUACAUGCGCUAAAAUGUUUACUACUGAAGUACAGUUCGGACAUGCUGGAGCAUUAGCACAAUCGGAUCUAGAAACGGCUGAUGCCAAAAACGCUGCACUUGAAUCUGCUGGUGCAGUAGUACCCGAUACGUUUGAAAAAUUACCUCUUUAUCUGCAUGAAACAUAUCAAAAGCUUGUUUCUGACGGUACAAUAGUACCACAACCUGAGCCAGAAACACCGAAAAUUCCCAUUGACUAUUCAUGGGCGCAAGAACUCGGAUUGGUGAGAAAGCCAGCGAGCUUUGUUUCUACGAUAUGUGACGACCGUGGACAGGAAUUGCUGUAUGCUGGAAUGAGAAUAUCAGAUGUAUUCAAAGAAGAGAUUGGUAUCGGGGGCGUGUUGAGUUUGUUAUGGUUUAAGAGAAGAUUGCCCGAGUAUGCUUGUCGAUUUAUCGAAAUGAUACUGAUGUUGACAGCCGAUCAUGGUCCCGCCGUAUCUGGUGCCCAUAACACCAUUGUCACAGCCCGAGCGGGAAAAGAUCUUAUAUCCAGUUUGUGUGCUGGAUUAUUGACUAUUGGAGAUCGCUUCGGAGGAGCACUUGAUGGUGCGGCAGAGAUGUUUACUUCGGCAUAUGAUAAAGGAUUAACACCACGGGAAUUUGUAGAUACGAUGAGAAGACAGAACAAGCUCAUUUUAGGAAUAGGCCAUAAAAUCAAAUCACGCAAUAACCCGGAUUUGCGUGUCGAAAUUCUCAAAGAUUUCGCCAAACUUCAUUUUCCAAGCACUAAAUUGCUUAAUUAUGCAUUGGCAGUAGAAUCCAUUACUACCGCGAAGAAGGAUUCAUUGAUUCUGAAUCUCGACGGAGCUAUUGCAGUAUGCUUUGUGGAUCUUUUGAGAGAAUCAGGAGCAUUCACAUCUGACGAAGCUGAGGAAUAUAUGAAGAUUGGAGCAUUGAACGGAUUGUUUGUGCUUGGACGGAGUAUUGGGUUUUGUGGUCAUUACCUCGAUCAGCGGCGGUUGAAACAAGGUCUCUAUCGACAUCCUUGGGAUGAUAUCUCCUAUUUUGUGCCUACAGUUGGGGUUGAAACUGCGCGUACAUUCGUUAGUCAAGAUCAAGUCAGUGAGAGAAGAGUAUAG